GGGAAAGAAGGAAAUUUGUUAGAAGGAUAUUCCAGAGCAUUCAACCAUUUGUGUCUCUGUACUCCUGCUGCACAGAGCCUUGAAAGCACAGAGUGAGAGCUGACAAGUGUGGUAUUUCUCAGGAAAACAGCAGAAAGUGUUCAAUCAAGAGGAGGCAACCCAAGGUAAUCUCCAGAGCACAUACAAGGACACAUAAAACACAGAAAAGCCUAUCUCUUUCAGUACUCCAUUCUUUUACCUGUGGUUUGAAACUGUUGUCAUGGAAGUACUAGCCAGCCUGCAGCCAGACACUGAGCAACACAAGACCCUCACUGAGGUCUCAGAUGAUGAGCUCAACCUUCCUCCCUCUGAUGAUGAGGAAGAAGCAACCACAGAGGCCAAAUCAAAGGAAGUUGUGGAGAAAGAGGAGGCAGAGGAGGAAGACAAAGGCAAUGGGCAGAUGAAUGGGGUGAUGAUUUUGGCUUUGCUGGAUAAGAUCAUUGGCAGAGUGGACCAGAUUCAGCAGACGCAGGCUGGUCUGGAAGCCCGGCAGCAAGAGAUGGAGCGCUCAGUCACUGGGAUUGAGGGGGAGCUCACCAAGUUGACCAAGAGUCACACGACCACAGCCAACUCGGUGAACAAGAUGCUUGAGAAAGUGCGUAAAGUGAGCGUGAAUGUAAAGACAGUGCGCAGUAACCUGGAGAAGCAGGGCAGCCAGAUAAAGCGGCUAGAGAGCAAUGAGAAUGAGCUUCUCAAGAGGAGGAACUUUAAAGUCAUGAUUUACCAGGAUGAGGUGAAACUUCCUUCUAAGACUACAGUGGCCAAGUCCCUGAAAGUGACCCAGCCAUUAGAGGGUGAGGGAGAGCUGGAGCUCAAAGCCACCAUGGAGGAAGGUGAAGAGGCUGGAGAGAAGGCUCAGCUGGACUUGUCGUCUGAUGAAGAAGAAGUAGAGAUCGAGGAGACUAUUGAAGAGACCCGUGCAGAACGCAUCAAACGCAGCAGCCUUCAACGGGUCCAAAAUAUCAAAACAGUCUUUUCCAAGGAAAAGAUGGAGAAAACUAAACAAAAGACGAAGGAGAACCUUGAGAAAACCAAGAAAAAGACCAAAGAGAACUUGGAGAAGACAAGAAUGAAGACCAAAGAAAACUUGGAAAAAACCAAGCAAAAGACCAAAGAGAAUUUGGAGAAGACUAGGCAGAAGACACGGGAGAACCUGGAAAAGACACGCCACAAUAUUGAGAAGAAAAUGGGCAAGAUCAGCACUCGAAUGUCUGUCAACCCAGAGCAUAAAGAGAAGCUGAAAAGCUCACAGAAGAAGAUGGUGAAGUCUUUCACACCUGAUCACACCAUUUAUGCUCGGUCUAAAACUGCCGUGUACAAGGUGCCACCAUUCACCUUUCAUGUGAAGAAAAUCCGUGAAGGGGAGGUGGAAAUCCAAGGCACAGAAAUGGUAUUAGUGGGUGGGGAAACAGAGGAGGUAGAAAAUGGUGUAAUGGAGGGAGGAGAGGAAGAAGAAAUGGAGAUGGAGGGAGAAGAGAUGGGAGAGAUGGAGGAGAGCGCUGAGAUGUUGGAGACAGGAGAAGAUUUGGAGCUGGUGCUUGCAGAGCAGGAUCAUGAUCGAGACAGUGACUAGACAGUGUGUGUGUGCGUGUGUGCGUGUGUGUGUGCAUGUGUGUGUGCGUGUGUGUGUGUGUGUGUGUGUAAGUGUACAAAGGGUGUUAGCUGGGAGACUGCUGUAUACUGCAGGUUCAGGUAUUAGAGGUUGAUGCAAAAUCAUAAGUGUGGGUGUACGAGUAUUUGUGUCUGUGUGUGUGUGUGUGUUUGUGUGUGUGUGAGAGAGAGCAUCUGUGCGUCUGUGUCUGUGUGUGCAUUGAUGGCAGAAAAGCUGAGAGGUAUCACCAUGGUUUUUGAGGUUAAGGACAGGUUAAGGUCUCAUUGCAAAUGGAUGUUGACAGUUUAAAUGUUGGUCUAUACUAGUUUAGGUAAGCUGAUUUUUCAGCUAAUUUGCAGCAGGUUUUGGGGGGACACCAAGAUCAUUAAGGUAUACAAUCUAAAAAAAAUAAGGAUCAUGACAUUUGUAAAAAAAAAAAAAAAAAAAAAUUUAAAUAAAUAAAUAAAAAAGUUUUUUUUUUUAUUAAACUUUCAUUGUUAAUGUACUAACACACAUACUUAUCUACAACUAGUCUAGUCAGCAAACACAGUUUGACAUAAUCUAGUCAAAUAUAAACAUGUUUCACUUAUGCAAGAAAGUAAAACAACCAAAAUAUUUUUCUAAUAUUUUUGCAAAUAUUCAUUCAUAUAAGAAUUUUCUUUCAUUUCUGGAGGCAUGGUUACUGCAUUCUGUUGUUACACAGAAAUUUUGUUAUGUUUUGUUAAUCUACACCAAUCUACAUGUUACAUUAAUUAUUUUAAUCUCCAGCCUCAUGUGGCUGCUUGGCACCUUUCUAUUAGAGCAACCCAUCACCACAGCACUAUGACCCCCAUAAACAUUACAAUAUAAAUGUUAAUGUUUUGAUGUAUCUAAGUAAAGAAUUUUUGUUGGUCUUUGUGCCUAUUCCUAUCUGGUGCUAUAAUAGAGACUGACAUUUUACAAAGGUUGGCUGAGGACUAGAAUAAUUGAGGAAAAAAUAGACAUUCAACAUCAGUGUUGAAUUUAUGUAUAAAACCAGCAUGCCUUCAGUGGGAAACUUUAAUAGUAUCUCAAAAUAAUGUAAACUGAAGAACAAAAAUUUAUCCGUGUCCUUUGUGCAGUUUCUACAGUAUUUCUACUUCUUCUAAUGUUAACAUUAUGUAUAAAUGAAGCACUUAUGUAUUUUGUCCAUUUCUCAUAAAAUUAGUCUAUUUUCUUACUGUGGUUCAUCAACUUGAUGUUUUCUCUGAUGAGGUAAAAAGGAAAAUUUGGGGACUAUAUAUGGAAAAAUUUAAGGAGAAAAAAGGAAGCAAUUUGCUUAUGAAAAUGUAAUGAUAUGAAAAGUAAAGCUGCCAAACAUUUAUACUUCAAUAAAGUAGAAGUAUUACCAAAAUGUACUUAAGCACUGUAUGCAUGAGUAUUGUAGUAUUUCUAUUGCAUUUUAUACCCCACUGCUGCCCAUAUACAGUAAUAGAAAGUCUCUGUCCCACUCAUGUGGACAGCAUGCACUACUUAUUUUAAUGCCUAUUUAGAUAGGUAUUAAGCCUUAGUAUUAGCAUUAGUAUGAGUAUUAGAGCACAAACAAAAUGUGCAUUGCAUGGACUUCCCAGGACUGUGGUUAUUACUGUGCAUUAUAGAGAACAUGUGUCAUUUUCCACUUUGAAAGCAUCACCAAGCCAUCUUUAUCUUUUAUUGCUCAGAUUUCAGUUAAUUAGGCACCAUUCAUCCUUCCUAGUUGCCAAAUACAAUAUUUACUUUUUCACAUUUAAGAUGUGCACAUUUUAGUUUGUUUUUAUUCUAAAUUUUGCUUUGCAACUAAUCUGUAUGUAUCUCAUAAUGUCUCACUGUGUACUAAUAUGUUAAUAAAAGCAGACUUAUUCACAUU